UUUGGCUCUGAUAGGCUGGUGGUUCGCGUUCCCAGAGUUCCUAUUGGGUCAACGCAUCAGCUCCAAGAUGGCGGCGGCAGCCACCUGCGGCACUGGCUUCGGGAGCUCCGGGUCUGUGGCAGCCGUGGCCGGCCGGAGUGGCAUCACCAGCUUCCAGAGGAGGGGCAAGGCCGGUGGGACAGACGGCGGCCCUCGGCUGCUGUCCAUUGCGGGCACACGACCGUCGUUGCGGAAUGGACAGCUGCUGGUAUCUACCGGGCUCCCAGCCCUGGACCAGCUCUUAGGUGGAGGUUUAGCUGUUGGAACAGUUCUUCUGAUUGAGGAUAAAUUUAAUAUCUACUCGCCCUUGCUCUUCAAGUAUUUCCUGGCAGAGGGAGUUGUCAACGGGCAUACUUUGUUAAUUGCAUCUGCUAAAGAAAACCCUGCCAACAUUUUACAGGAACUCCCUGCACCAUUACUUGAUUAUAAUUGUAAAAAAGAACUUGGUGAAGAUGUACAUAAUCCUAGAACACCAGAAAGUGAUGACAACAUGAAAAUAGCCUGGCGAUACCAGUUAUUACCCAAGAUGGAGCAGGUUGGACCAGUGUCAUCGUCAAGAUUUGGUCACUAUUAUGAUACAUCCAAAAAGAUACCUCAAAAACUACUUGACAUUUCAAAGUGUCAUGAAUUCUUUCUUCCAGAAAAAGUAUCUUCAACUCUUGCAGUAGAAUCCUGUCCUCUGUCCCAUGGCUACACAAAACUGCUUCAAUUUGUCCAGAACAUCAUUUAUACUGAAGGAUUUGAUGGAUCUAAUCCCCAGAAAAAACAGAAAAACAUUUUAAGAAUAGGAAUUCAGAAUCUUGGCUCACCAUUAUGGGGAGAUGACAUUUGCUGUACAGAAGACUGUGACAGUAGUCACAGACUUACCAGGUUCCUCUACAUUCUCCGUGGUCUUCUAAGAACAUCACUGUCAGCCUGUAUCAUCACGAUGCCAACACAUCUUAUCCAGAAUAAAGCAAUUACUACUCGAGUGAGAAAUCUGUCAGAUAUAGUAGUUGGUCUGGAAUCUUUUAUUGGUUCUGAGAGAGAAACAAACCCAUUAUUUAAGGAUUUUCAUGGUUUGAUCCAUAUACGACAGAUUCCUCGCCUUAAUAACUUGACUUGUGAUGAAUCAGAUGUCAAAGACUUAGCUUUUAAGUUAAAAAGGAAACUAUUCACCAUUGAGCGACUGCAUUUGCCUCCAGACUUGUCAGACACAGUGAGCCGUUCAAGCAAACAGGAUCUGGCAGAAUCCGCCAAGCUGCUGGGCCCAGGCUGUGGCAUGAUGGCCGGAGGCGAGAAGCACCUGGACUUCUAGGGAUCCUCCUUAGUCACUGCAUGUGGAAUUAUCUGACACUCUAAUUAUGAUUGCUAAUAGCUUAUGUAAAUAUUUUUCUUAAUGAUUUGCCCCUCAAUCUUUGAAAACACAGUUAGGAUUACAGAAUGGAGCUGCCAUUCUUUAUGUUUUUUUCACCAACUUUUGUACAGAAAUAAUACAGCAGAAAUAUUGGCAUUUUUAGCAUUUAGUUUUUGCUUUUUAAAAUACUAAUUUAUUUUUAAACAAACACUCAAAAAAGGUCCAAAAAAUCAAUGCACUCAGGAUCAUGCACAUGUUACAGCCAGGAGAGUGUAAAUCAUGAAAUUCAAGUUGUAUAUGAACACAUUUCCACUUUAUUUCUGAAAAAAUUACCAAAAUUGCUAAGGCUUUAAAAAAAAAAAAAAAGAAAGAAAGAAGGGAAUUUUGUUUGCUAGUAUAUGAAACAAUUCGCAUUUAUGUAUCCUGUUAUUAAAAUGAUAAAGACAAAGUAAUAUAUUUUGAAUUUAGUAUGAAUUACUCUGCCAUAGUAGUUAAUACAAAAAGAACUUGAGUGAUAGAAUAGAAGUUGAGUGGACUUCUGUUUAGAAAUCUUCAACAGUCAAAGUCAGUGCUAUGAAAUUGUGUCAACAGACAUAAUUCAAGACUGAAAUUCAAACUGACAGCCACAUCAGUGCUGGGAUGUCAGGGGAAACACAUAGUGAAGCCUGGUGUAAUUCGUAUAAUAUAGUCUAAGACAACAUGAAAAACUGAAAGUAACUCAGAUUUCCACUGUGCCAUGCAAACCCUUUGUUAAACAGGAACAUUGGCUAAGCAUGGAAACCUCUAACCAUGUAAACAUGUCUUGGGCACAUAGCUUAUUGAACCAGUUUUCAUAUGAAACACUGGGUUUUUGAAUCAGUUCCAUAGCCUUAAAGCUUUUGACAAACAAUAGGCAAAAAGUGAAAGUUAAAAAGCAAUUUGCAUAUAUAAAUAAAGAUUCAAUUUUUAAAAAGACAUUUAACAUCCAUUGGGAAAAACUGAAUUUCCAGAGUACAUUUUCAAAUAUAUUAGAAUAUUUUAAAAGAACUUUUAACCAGCAUUUUUAAGUAGUUUUCUUUUAAUAUACCACAGACUGUGCUCUAUUUGCUCCUGACAACAUUGUAGAAAACAAAGACUAGGUUUUUAAAACUGUCUAACCAAUAUGAUGAAUGUCAGUCACUUAAAAAAAAAACCCACUGUAGCAUAAACACACACUGUAUACAGCUUUUAUUCAGAAUUAGAAUAAUUGAAUCAAUGACAGUGAUUUGCCAGGAUGACAAAUCUCUCCAUCAUAUCCUGUCACUACCAGUUUAUUUUUUGUGAUCAAAAUCAAAAAGACAACUAUUUUGUCACCACGACUUCAUUAGCACUAAAAAAUCGCGUUGAUUCUUCUUCUUCCUUCUUUUUUUUUUUUUACACUGUCUGGUUUAUUUUUUUUUUUCAUCUCUUUUAAUUCUAAAGACAAAUUCUUCCCCAUUUUCUUUUCAAAAUAAAGUUUCAGAAUUGAUCUGUCAGUUAAAAUUAAAGGGCUUUUAUAUUAAGCAGAGGUGCUUUUAAGAUUUAAAACAACUUCAAAAGAUUGAUUUAGUCCAUAGAUAAUAAAAUAAUGUUGUGCAGGUACUAAAAGAAGCUCUGCUGUGCCCUUUGAAGAUACUGUGAACAAUUUGAAUAAAUUGAAGUGAACCUUUUA